UAAAAAUCACGAGGCGCGUGAAUAGCACAAAAAUAGUGUCCAAACGUCAGAGUAUCGCUUAAACCCUUUUUCUCUUUAAGGUGAAUUGUUUCUCCUACACGAGUAAACAGUUAAACAAACUGCAUAUUGUGAUGUUUCAUUUGGUGGUGCUGGAACAUCAUCAGUCAGAGGAAACCCGACUGUGAAAGUGAAACUGAAAGUUAGUUAGCAGUUAGCUGUGCAGGCGCAGGUGGCAGGAACGGAUCUGAGUUUCCUGCAGCUGGAGCACUCUACAGGACAAUGAGGGGGUUGCUAACCCAUGGGUCAUGCAUCAUUCUCCUGGAUGUGGUCCUGUGCUCGGCCCAGUGGGCUGGGCUGCUGCUGCUCAAGUGCUCCAGCUGUGGUGGACUUCCAGAAGUGUGGGCCUUUCACCUGAUGAAAUGGAUGCUUCUCCAUGCCGUUGCCUCCGUGCUGGCAGACGGAAAGCUCCGGUCUGUGCUCUGCAGGUUCACAGCUCUUCUUUGCCUUCUUCCUCCGGUGUUUGAAACUGGACGGAUCAUUGUGGCACCUCCACUAGAGCCUUAUUCUGGACCUUCUCCUAACCUCAGCAUGCUGCUCUUGGGUGCAACAUCUUCAUUGCUGGCAUGUGUGAUUUGGGAGAAUUGGCUCAGCAGAAACACAAAGGACAACAAACUGGAUACUAAACAGAUUCUUCUGAGAGUACUGACAUACUUCAAACCAGACAGACUCUAUCUGAUUACAGCUUUUGGGUUCCUCAUCUUAGGAGUAGUCUGUGACACUUACAUCCCUUUGUAUCAGGGGCAAGUCAUCGAUGUUAUCAGCGGUCAAAAGCUUCAAACUGGCUUUGGUGAUGCGAUUGGACGGCUUGUGGUUAUUUCAGUUGGAAGUGCGCUGUUCUCUGGGAUGAGAGGAGGCAUUUUCAUGUGCACGCUGGCCAGACUGAACAAAAGGCUGAAGCAUCUUCUGUUCCAGAGCCUCCUGAAGCAGGAGGUGCACUUCUUUGAGGAGAACAACCCAGGACGACUUUCCUCCCGCCUCCACAGUGACGUUGACAGGAUGGGCCGCACCGUAGCACUGAAUGCUAACGUAGCGGUUCGCAGCACUGUUAAAACUGUGCUCAUGCUCAGAGUGAUGCUGGGUCUGUCCUGGGAGCUCACUCUGCUGACCUGCUUAGAGAUGCCCCUCCUGGCCAUAAUUCAAAAUAAAUACAUCAACUUGUCCAAGGAGCUGAAGGAACAGACUCAGGAGUGCCACGCUCAGAACAAAGACCUGGCCUCUCAGACGGUUGGAGGCAUUCAAACCAUCCGCAGCUUCAACACAGAGAAAGAUGAACUGAGGAGGUAUCAUGUGGCUCUGGACGAGCUGCUCGCCAUCAGGCGUCGUUCAGGAAUAUUCAGUGCAGUCUAUCUGUUAAUACGAAGAAUGGUUUCUCUGGGAAUUAAGAUGGUGAUGCUGAUUCAGGCUCGGAGUCUCAUCUCCUCCGGUCGGCUCAGCAUCGGUAGUCUGUUGUCCUUCUUCCUGUACCAGAAGCCCAUGUCAGCCAAUUUAAGGGAGAUUAUGUACUGCUAUGGAGAGACGAUGUCCACAGUUGGGGUCAUUUCCAAAGUGCUGAGUUAUGUUGAUCGGACACCAAAGUGUAAGAAGGAGGGAGGCUUGGCUCCUGAGAAGCUGGAGGGGAGAAUCGUUUUCCAGAACGUCACCUUCAGUUAUCCCUCGGCUGCAGCAGACAAACCAGCUCUGAAGUCGGUCUCACUGGAAGUGCAGCCAGGAAAGGUCACAGCGCUGGUGGGUCUCUCAGGCAGUGGAAAGUCGUCCUGCGUCAGCCUCCUGAAGAGGCUGUAUGAACCUCAGGAGGGUCUGAUUCUACUGGAUGGAGAGCCGCUGCACCACUACAACCAAAAAUACUUCCAUAGGAAGGUAGCUCUGGUUUCCCAGAACCCCGUUCUGUUUUCUGGUUCCUUGAGGUACAACAUUGAAUAUGGUCUGAAGGACUGCUCCAUUGAGAAGGUGAAGGAAGUUGCAAAGAAGAUCGACGCACAUGACUUCAUAUCAGAAAUGGAGGAUGGCUAUGACACGGAUGUAGGAGAGAGUGGAGGCAAACUGGCAGGAGGACAGAAGCAGUGCAUCGCCAUCAUCCGAGCGCUGAUUCGAGAGCCACGGGUCAUUAUUCUGGAUGAGGCGACCAGCAGGCUGGAUGUAAACGCAGAGCAGGCGGUUCUUAAAGAAGUUCUGGCUCGUGGACGAACGGUUCUGAUCGUGGCUCAUCAGCUGAGGAUUGCCAAGAACGCUGACCACAUCGUCAUGCUGCAGGAUGGAUCAGUCCAGGAAGAGGGCACGCAUGAGGAACUGAUGAGAAAGAAAGGAUGCUAUUAUCGUUUGAAGGAGGAGCUGUUCUCUGAGAGCGGCUGAAGGAACCUGUUAGACGUUAGUUUUGUUUGAAUCACAAACAGGAGAAAACUGUCUUUGUUUCCUGACUUGUCUAAACUUUGGUGGAUAUUAUUGGUGGAUAGUAUGUUUAAAAAGCAUAAACUGUGUAAAUGGUGGAUUUUAUCUGAGUGAAAAGCAAAACUGGGACAUCAGACUGAAGGGAUCUGAUGACACAGAAGUAUUGUUUUACAUUUGUAAUCUGUUUUUUUAAGUGUAAAUAAAAUAGUUUUCAGCAGAA